AUGUUAUCUCUAAGUAAUUUUUUAUCAAACCGAUGGCAUGAAAGAUGCGAAUUUGGGGGAGGAUCUCAAAGUUUUGAAGAUCAAGUGCAACAACGCAACAUUGUAAAAACAAGUGUGGACGGAACAGCACUUUACGAAGCUGUAGCUGCCAUUUUUAUUGCUCAAAUGAAUGGCAUAAACUUAUCCUUUGGUCAAGUUAUUACUGUCAGUCUCACUGCUACACUCGCUUCAAUUGGUGCUGCAUCAGUGCCUUCAGCUGGUUUAGUAACGAUGUUGCUAGUGCUUACGGCUGUUGGCCUGCCUGUAAAGGACGUCUCAUUGAUCGUUGCUGUUGACUGGCUACUAGACCGAAUUCGUACUUCGAUCAAUGUGCUCGGGGAUGCUUUCGGUGCCGGCAUCGUCUAUCACUACGUCAAGGACGACCUCAUCGCUCAUGAUCGCAUUCACCCAAUGCGCAAUAUGUCAAUAGCAAUGCCCCCACCAGGUUUUACCUCCAAUGAUAGCAAAGUUCACGAUGGUUUGUUUUAA